AUGCCGAAGCGAAAGAGUGACUGUGCACAUGAGGAGCUCCACCCUAGAGCGCAGGCUUUGAAGGAGCUUCCUCGUCAAGCACUGCUGGGCUUCCGUCGCGAGCUCGCACUCCAGCCCUUCCCUCAGGCUCUUUGCCAUUUGCAAGAAUGGCCCCGUUUGGUGGAUGAGCUCAGAGAUGUGGAGGCAAAGCUCGUGGCUGAAGCUGUGGCGCUGGCCCUUGGUGGAGACAUUUGGUGCUGGGCCUUGCCGUCCACGGUGGAAGAAGUGGACGCAGCUCAGGGGGCUCUGAAGACGAUGUUGGAAGAUGGCCGUCAGCGGUUGCUGGCUGCGCUGAGAAAUGGAGAUAACUUCUGCGCGGCAGUGAAGCAGCAUUGCGGCAAGAAGGAUGGUCAGGCGCUGAUGCGCUUGGGCAAGACCCGGGUGAUGUGGCUGCUGGGCGCCAGUCCCGAGGAAGGCAUCGAGUGGACAAAGCGCAAAAGGAGGCGGCCCAGGAGGAAAGGGAAGCAAGUCACAGAAGCAGAGUCAGAGGAGUCGUUCAGUAGCGAGAAGAACGAGCCGAGCGAAGCAAAGAAAACACACGAUGCGACGCUGCAGUUCCUGCGCUCCAUCCGGGAGAAGCGGAAUGCGAAGAUGCAAGAGACGACGUGCUGA